CUGUUAUCGAAUUAAACAUAUAAAUUUAACAAAUAUGAAUAUACAGGGUGUGUUAAUAUCUGAUUUCGGAAAAGUAUGUCGUAUUUGUAUGAAAUUUUCUGAUACAUUUUUAGCAACAACUUCAUUUAAAAUAAUUGAAAUGAUUUCGACGUGUUCUUCUGUACAGAUACAGGAAAAUGAUGGUUUACCAAAUCAAAUAUGUAACCCGUGUUUUCUACAAUUACAAAACUCCGUUAACUUCAAAUUAUUAUGUGAAACAUCCGAUACCACAUUUCGCCAAAUUAUUGAACAAAAUCAAAUAAAGAUUGAAAUUGGUGUAAACGGUGAUGCGAUUAAAAAUGAAGAAAUUUCAAAUUGUAAUUUAUCAUCAUUAAAUGAUUCAUCAUCAAAUGAAAUAAAAUCAGAUAAUAUAGAAGUGAAAUCCGAGGAUGAUUUUAACGAUAAUGAAUCAUUAUCUUCAUCAUUAUCAGAUAAUUUAAAUAACGAUAAUCACGAUGAAAAUAUUACAGAAACAUUCACUUGUGAAAAAUGUAGUAAAGAAUUUAAAAAAGCUUGGGUGUUAGGUCAACACAUGCAUCGGGCACAUAGAGCAAAAGGAUUAAAAUGUAGUAAAUGUGAAAUGAAAUGUUAUCAUGUAUUACAUUUAAAAGAACACGAUGAAUUAGCGCAUAAUCCAUUGAAUCAUACAUGUAAUAUUUGUCAAAGAAUAUUUACAGAUGUAUAUAAAUUAAAAAGGCAUAAAUCCACACAUUCAGAACGUUUACAUCAUUGUGAACGAUGUGAUAAAUCAUUUAAAGAUAAAUGGGCUUUGAAAAGGCAUAAUGAAGAGUCACAUUCACUUAUUGGGAAAAAGAUUGCGUGUCAUGUCUGCGGUAAAUCAAUAUUGAAAAAAAACUUAUCACUUCACAUGCAAGUACAUAGUGAACGUGAUAAAAUAUCAUGCAAGAUAUGUUUAAAAACAUUUUUAAAACGACAGUCAUUAGAAAACCAUAUAAAAUAUACACACGAGAAUCAAACACCACCUAAACGUAAAUAUUUAUGUAAUGUUUGUGGACGUGCGAUACGUUCAUCAGCCGAUUUACGGCUACAUUUAUUGACCCACACACAAGAACGUCCGUUCGCAUGUAAUCAUUGUGAUAAAGCAUAUCGUUGUCCAGUAGCAUUAAAAAAACAUGUGUCACGUGUUCAUUUGGAUGAACGUAAAUAUAAUUGUACAUUUUGUUCACAAGCAUUUUAUGAAAAAAGAAUUUUAUUGAAUCAUGUACGAAGACAUACUGGUGAACGACCAUUUAAAUGUCAUUUAUGUGAAAAAGCGUUCAUACAAAAAAUAGCGUUAGCAAUACAUAUGAAGGUCCAUACAAAUUCAACAUAAAAUGAGAUGAAACAAGAAACACGUGUC